CCCUUUCUCUACUCGGGCCCCUCCUCCAGCCGCCGGGCGACCCGGAAGUUGUACUUGCAGCCGGGGCUUUCUCUCUCCCACAAUCCCUCGCGCUCUUCCUUUCCAGCUUGGGCCCUCCAAGAUGGCUCCCGCGAAGAAGGGCGGCGAGAAGAAGAAGGGUCGUUCUGCCAUCAACGAGGUGGUGACCCGCGAGUACACCAUCAACAUUCACAAGCGCAUCCAUGGCGUGGGCUUCAAGAAGCGUGCCCCUCGGGCACUCAAAGAGAUCCGGAAGUUUGCCAUGAAAGAGAUGGGAACUCCAGAUGUGCGCAUUGACACCAGGCUCAACAAAGCCGUCUGGGCCAAAGGAAUAAGGAAUGUCCCAUACCGCAUCCGCGUGAGGUUGUCCAGAAAACGUAAUGAGGAUGAAGAUUCCCCAAACAAGCUCUACACUUUGGUUACCUACGUACCUGUCACCACUUUCAAAAAUCUACAGACAGUCAAUGUGGAUGAGAACUGAUUAAAGUUGUAAAGCUGCCUUCGUG